GACAUAUGGUGAAAUAUAACACGUGGCAACCCUACUGCCAUUGCUUUUUUUUAUUUUUCUUCAUUUCUUCCAUGGACAAUGGUCGGUUAAAUUCCAGCAUCUUUCUUCUUUCUUUCUUUUCUCUCAAAUGAAAGAACUUUAUCAAUAAGGUUUGUUCACAAAAGCAAGAAAAUUUUGAUCUUUCAAUAUACAAGCAACGAGUUUGGUGAUUCAAGGGGAAUUAACUGGUAUUCAAUUGCCUUAUGCUUCAAUAAUGAGAGACCUAAGAUGAAUAAAAGUUCAAAGGAAACAGAUUCUUCCAGCAAACAACAAAGCAACACAAAUGAUACCAAGCUGAGCAGUAAAGGCCAAUCUAGCUCUUCUUCCCCACGGUUAACAUUGAAGGAUCCACGAGUCGUACGUGUUUCUCGUGCCUUUGGGGGAAAAGACCGGCACAGUAAAGUUUGCACCAUUAGAGGGUUGAGAGACCGAAGGGUGAGACUCUCAGUUCCCACUGCUAUUCAAUUGUAUGAUCUUCAAGACAAGCUUGGACUUAAUCAGCCUAGCAAGGUUGUCGAUUGGUUGCUCGAUGCAGCUAAGCACGAAAUCGAGGAACUCCCUCCACUCCCAUGGCCACCACAAGGGGACUUUGCCUUUAACCAUGAGAUGGUUUCAAGUAGUAGUACUUCUCAAGAACCAGGUCCUUCCCAAUCCAACAAACAAGGGCUUAAAACCGGUGUUGAUUCGGAAGAUAAUGCAGGCGAAUUACCAAGAUGGAACUUUGGGAACUCUGAUGCAUGCUGGAGAGCUAAGUUCAAAGAAGUUGCAAGGGAAACGACGAAUGAGAAAAAUGACGGGAACAAAAGAAACGAAGAGGAAAAACAACAAGACAUGUUAAGCAAUGCAGCUCCCUAUGCUUCUUACUAUCAUUUUGAACCUCCAAGCUUUGCUUCCCACACAGAAGAUCUUCAUAAUUUCAAUGUUGUGCCUUUACCAUUGCAAUCAACAUUAUCUCUAUCAUCUGGUUCUCAAAUGCUUGAUCCUAGACAACAAGUUAACCAUUUCCAGCUGCUCAGCUCAGCUGCUCAAACCAUCUUGCCAAGCUCUCUUAACCCGCCACCGUACUCAAUAAGCCAAUCUAUCAGACCCUUCCAUUUGAGCAUUGCCCCUAGGUUUCCUUCUAAGGAACGGGAGUUUCCUUCUAAAUGACAAGAAAGGUGCUGUUUGAAUCUAUUUGCAUGCUUAAUUUGAAGGUAUUUUACUUCCUGGAACUGAGAAGCAGACAGCUAAGUUAUAGUUAUCGGGAUAUAACAGUUACGGUUUUGUGUUUUGAUUUCAUUAUUUUUGUUUCAUCGGAUGAUUGGAAAAAAAUCAGAUCUUCAUAUAUAUAGAUUUGAAUGCCAUACUGCUGAAUUAAUUCUAAUCAAUAUCUGAUGCCUAUGAA